UGUUUUUGUAUUUGUUAUUUAUUUUGUCGGGACAGUGUAGUGUGUGAACUGUGAGUUUUAGCUAUGGAAAGAAAGCGAUAACGAAUUGAAAUGAUUUAGUAAGUAAUUUGGCAGAGAGAAGAAAAUCAUCUAUAAUGGGGGAAUUAAAAAAUUACUUUACUUUUUCCAAUCAUGUUGAAAAUUUGCUGUUCAAAGAUGUUACUGUAUCGUCUAACGAAGCCAUGUUUGGUUUAUGUGUUGGCGUUGCAGUUUUCACGUUUGUCUAUGAAGCCAUCAAAUCUCUACGUCAUGCUUUAGUUAUUUUACAAAACAAGCGGAAAGCCAAACAUUCACACACUGAAUCAGAAACUGCAAAAAAGGAUUCAGCUUUUGCUUCAUUAACUCCAUCAUCUGAAAAGACUGAAAAAUUGAAAUUCCACUGCAUACAAUCACUGCUUCAUAUGAUUCAACUUGCAAUGGGAUAUAUGGUUAUGUUAAUUGUAAUGAGCUAUAAUUUGUGGCUUGUGUUGACAAUUGUAGUUACAACAGCAUUAUGUUUUUAUUUCCAUGAAUAUGUUUUAUCUAGGAAAUCAUUGAUCAUGCCACUGGAAAUACCUGGUUCAAAUCUUUAGAAUUUUAAAAAAGUGGCAGAUUUGAAGUUCUAAUUUAAAUACUCCAACUGAAGCUGCAUAACUUCAAUUUUUAUCAAUUUGAUAUCUUUGAUAUCUUAUUUUAAUUGCAGAAAUAUUUAUUUUUAUAAUUUUUUGAGUAAGUUUUCAUAUUAAACACAUCAUGGAUCUCCAUUAUAUAGGGCAUAAUAAUAUCCAUAAAAGUUUAUUAUUUUACUUGAGCCAAAGCAUUCAGGGAAAAGUUUCAUAUUAUGUAAUGCACUUAAAGUAUAUUACAUAGUUUAUUUAAUCAAAGUAAUUGAUAUAUUAGUGAGAAGUACAAAGUAGAUACAGUUCCUGCAAUUUCUAAAAAAACAUUUCAUUUACAUUAUAUGACUCACUGACUAAUUGAUUUGCUUAAAUUCCUUGAACUUUAUAAAGGUAAUCUAAAUGAUUUUCAUACUAUCAUAUUAGAUAUUCUUUAAAGAGCAUAAACUGAACAAUCACUUAUUGUGUACUGUAUAUGGCAAGGACACAAUAUGCUUAAAUAUUGGUUUUAUAUUCUUGAUAAUUUUACGAGUUAAUGAAUAAUAUUUAAAAUAUAACUUCAAAGAUAUAUGCAACUUUCAUUAUUAAUAUGAUAUCAUUCUCAGCUUUUAUUUCAGAAUUUUGCAUGAUUUGCAUUUAUAUCUCAUUAUUUAGUGCAUUUAAAAGGAAACUCAUUUUCCCCAAUAAUAAUUGGAUAUAUUCUCUUUUCCCUUCGAAUAGCCAUUCAGUUCUAAAAUGAUCAAUAUACACAAUAUGCAAUGCUUAGGUUAUAAGUUGCUCAAUAUGAAUUUUAAUUGAGAGUGUGAAAUAUAUAUUUGAUAUUGUAGCAUAGCAUAAUGUGAAAGAAUAUUUCACAAUAUACAAUGCUUAGAUUGUAAUUUACUCAAUACGAAUUUUAAUUGAGAGUGAGAAAUAUUUAUUUGAUAUUGUAGCAUAGCACAUAUGUGAAAGAAUAUUUAAGCAUUUAUUUUCCUUUAUAUGAAGCAGAAUUAUGUUUAUUAUAUUUUUAUUUGAGAAUUUUCAAUGUAUUUAGUUUUAAACUUCUAAAAAAGGGACAAUUUUAUAGUAUAUGCACAAUGUUUUGGGAUAUUUAAACUUUUUUCAUCAUAUAAAUAUCUAGUAAUGCAAUAUUUUAAAAUUUUUUUCUCUCUAAGCAUUAUAUUUGAAAAUGUGUUGGUUUCUAGUUAUGUUUAUUGUUUAUCUGAUGUUAUUGCAGCUAUUUAUGAUUUGCAACUUUGAAAUGUCAUUUUGGUAUUCAUGUUAUCAUGCAUUUUCUUUCUAUUGUUUAUCGAUAAUAUUAUUUACUUAUUCAGGAAAGAGAACUUUUAUCAAAGCAAUGCUACUGUUCCAAAUACUAAUGAAGUAAUUUAAUGUGACAUCAUAAGCUCAUCAUAAAGCUCAUUUGCUUCUGCUAUCUGACGUCAAACUGUGUGUUGUCUUAUGCUAAUGAAUCUUCUCCUUUUUAUUCCUGCUGGAUGUAUCAUAGAUUCUAAAAUUAAAUUGGGAUAAUGUUUGCUGAUGAGUGUCUUAUGACAUGAAUUGACUUUAUUUAAUUUGAUUUUAGAUAAUAUUUGGAAUAAUAUGAACUAUUUUUAAAUCAAACUUAUUAGUGUGAUAUUAUUUAGAGAUAUAUAUUUUUAUACUAUUAUAUACAUAUAAAUAUUUUAUGAAGUUAUAUGCAUCGAAGUGUGAAUUAUGAAUAGUUAUUUUGUUAAUGUUGAAUGUCUUGAGCUUAAUAAAACUUUUUAAUUGGUUAGUGACAAUAAAUAUAAAUUUUAUAUAUUAUGUAUAAAGUGUUGAUACUGUGAUUAUGUGUUUAAAAUUUUUGUAGGUAAGUGAAAUGUAGUCAGCGUUUACAGCAAAAAUAACAUUUGCAAUUUUUUUUUCUUUUUAAUCUUGGGAAGAUGAUUAUUUUUACAUCAAAAUGUGAUUAUUGUGAUCAUUGUGAAAAGUCACUGCUGUUUUUCUUAUCUUUUUUAAAAAAUAAAUUGCAUCAUUUUGUUGUGAUUUUUGAUAAUUAUUGAGUUUCAACUAUAAGCUAAUGAUAUAUGAAAUUCCAGUGAAAAGAAUUUUAAUUUUGAAAUUGUACUUUUCUUUUCUGAUCAUACUGUAUAUCUUUUUGUUCUCAUAAAUUAUAUAUUUUCAUAUUAGAAAAAUAAAUAUUAGCACUACAUGGAAGUACAAUUUCAAUUUCUUUGUUAUUUUAUAAUAAAAUGAUUCUGAAUCUCUUA